AUGAGCGAAAGACCCUACCAGCCCCGAGGCGGUCACAGAGGAGGAAGCGGAGGAGGCAGGGGAGGUCCUCAUCGCGGCGGCGGCGGCGGCGGCAAUCGGGGCGGCGGUCGCGGGGGUCACCAGAACCAGCAGGGACAACAACACCAAGGCGGGUCCGGGGAGCAGACGGAGCGUCCCAAGAAGGAGAAUAUUCUUGACCUGAAGAAGUACAUGGACAAGAGGAUUACGGUCAAGUUUAAUGGCGGACGGGAGGUGACGGGUACGCUAAAGGGGUAUGAUGCGUUGAUGAAUUUGGUGCUGGAUGAGGUUCAGGAGGCGGUCAGAGAUGACGAAGGCAACGAAACUACGCGAUCGCUUGGUCUCGUGGUGGUACGCGGCACCCUUCUGGUUGUUAUUUCUCCCGUGGACGGCAGCGAGGUGAUAGCCAACCCGUUCUUGCAGCAGGAGGAGAUGGAGGAUUGA